AUGACCACCUCCGACGUCCGUGACGUCCUCAAUCUCCCAGAUGGCCUCACAGGGCCGCGACUGUCGAAGAAGCAAAAGACGUCGGCGGCGCGGCCGAACCUGAAGGGAUUGGCGCGCGAAGUACAUCAGCUCGGCGGCGACAACCCAAUCGCCAUCGUCCCCGAGGUCGCCCAAUUCAAGAGGCGAAGGCUCGCGAGCCGCAAACCGGCACAACCAUGGGAGAUGCGGCCCUUUCUCAAUUCUGCUCGUGAUGACCAGAGCCUGAUACUGCGUCACUGGAGACGGAAGGAAGCGAAAGACGCGAGGGAGGAGAAGGCGCAGGAGAAAGGGACGGCGCCGAUGGAGUCGGAGGAUGCCAUGGAGGACUCGACCUUUGCCAAGUUCAACGUCAAGGUCUCCGUGCCCGAGUACAGCGAUGAGCAGUAUUCGCAGUUUCUGAAGAACGAAGACUGGACCAAGGAGGAGACGGACUACCUGAUGGAUUUGGUGCGGGAAUACGACGUGCGAUGGCCCAUCAUCUGGGACAGAUACGAGUGGAGCGCGCCGGCGACCAACGGCGAAGAGAACGCGGAUGGAGACGAGAGCAAAGCAAUCGUGCCGACGACGCUUUCGAGGGCCAUGGAAGAGCUCAAGGCGCGGUACUACGAAGUCGCGUCCAAGAUGAUGGCGGCUCAGAAGCCCGUUCAGUGCAUGACGCAGCCCGAGUUCGCCCUGCACGAGCUGAUGUCGCACUUCAACCCACAGCAAGAAAAGCUGCGAAAGGACUUUGCGAUGAACGCAAUGUCCCGGUCCCGCGAGGAAGCGCGCGAGGAAGAAUCGCUCCUGGUGGAGAUCAAACGGAUACUGGCUCGGAGCGAGCGCUUCAACGAGGAGCGACGAGAGCUCUACAACCGGCUGGAAUAUCCUCGGGCGGACACGGACAUAAGCUCGUUCAAGUCUUCGGCCGGUCUGCAAACGCUGCUGCAGAACCUCUUGACGGCGGACAAAUCCAAGAAGCGCAAGUCCAUAAUGGGCACCGACGGCGUGAGUCCCGGCGUCGUGCCGCCGAGCCAAAGCGCGGCGCAGGAGGCUGCAAGACGAGAGAGCGGGGCCACGUCGGCCGUCAGCAACCACCGUGAUUCCCUCGGGGCGGCCGGCACGCCAACAGGGGCCAGCAGGAAAGGCUCUCAGCAACAGCAGCAGCAGCAGCAGCAGCCGCCGACACCACAACAGGAGCGGCGCAAACUUACGACCCACGAGGAGGCCCUGUACGGCGUCACCCAUCACGACCGGCUCGGCUCGGGUCCUUCGUUCCGGACGGAAAAGAUCAACAAGAUGUUCUCGCACAAGUCCAACCAGCAACAGCUUCGCAUAUCCAAUGCGCUGAGCGAGUUGGAUGUACCGAGCAAGCUGGCCAUGCCGACCGCGGCGACGACGCUACAGUUUGAGCAUCUCCUGGCGUCGGUGAGCAGCCUCUUGGACACGCGGAAAGUGUCCGACAAGCUCGACGGAGAGAUCAAGCUGGAACAGGCCAAGAAGGCAGAGCGCGAGAAGGCCAUGGGGCCACCGGAGUCGAAGAAGGGACCCACGGCCGUGCCGGAGAAGACGGGGAAGUCGACGGAGGCUGGCGAGGCGACGGCGGAUGCGGAGAAGGAGGCGGCCGUCCCGACGCAGCAGGAAGCGGCCCAGGCCAAGGCCGGAGGCGACGGGGACCAGCAGCCGGACGAGCCGGUCGAGGGUGGCGGACGCAACGAGCCGAGCGAAGGGACGGCCGAGACAGAGGUCCCGAAAGAAGCGGAGGAGGACAAGGCUGGCGGUGGCAGGUCCGGCGGUGGCAGCACGAAUCACAAGCGCAGCGCCAGCGUGCUGAGCGCCGUGAGCGACAAAAGUGCCAAGCGACAGAAGAAGUGA